UCUAUGAAUGCUUAUGGUUAGCAUUUUUAAAUGCUUGGUAUUAACCUUUGUUGUGGUCAGCCAUGCAUUGGUCACGCAAAGUGAUUUCCUGCAACUUCUAGAAAAAUCAUCCUCUGACAAGAUACAACAUUUUGGGAAGAUAAGCCACUGGACAAUCACAGCACAAAGCUGUUACAACACCAAUCUGAAUCUGACUGCCUUCCUCUGCCAAGCCACCCAGAUUUUUGACACAAUGUGCGACUUCACACAAUUUGUGCAAGAGACACUCAAGUGGCACCAGGAGACGUACGAGGCAUUCCCGCUGGACCCAAACAAGGAGAACAACGUGCGCUUCUCGGUGCGCGGCGCGAUAUUCUCGGCCGUGCGGCCCACUCCGUUCCGCUCGGCCGUGCGGCUGGCGGCCGCGUCCGAGUCGGCGCUGGCGCUGCUGGACCUGGAGCCGGAGACGGCGCGCCUGCCGCACUUCGUCGACAUCGUGGCCGGCAACGACGCGCUGCCGGGCGUGCCGACCCUCGCGCACCGCUACGGCGGCCACCAGUUCGGCUACUGGGCCGAACAGCUGGGGGACGGUCGCGCCCACCUGCUCGGCGAGUACACCAACCGGCGCGGCGAGAGGUGGGAGUUGCAGCUGAAGGGCUCCGGCCGCACGCCCUACUCCCGGUUCGGCGACGGCCGCGCCGUGGUGCGCUCCUCCGUGCGCGAGUUCCUCUGCUCGGAGGCCAUGCACUUCCUGGGCGUGCCCACCUCCCGGGCGGCCACUUUGAACCUCCGACUGCUGGCCGACUACGUCAUCCAGCGGCACUUCCCGGACAUCGACCUGGCGGCCGACGACAGCUACGAGCAGCUACUGCACCGGGUGGCGGCAGACACUGGCCGCAUGAUCGCCGCCUGGCAGAGCGUCGGCUUCGCGCACGGGGUGAUGAACACCGACAACAUGAGCAUCCUCUCCGUGACCAUCGACUACGGCCCGUUCGGCUUCCUCGACGCGUACGACCCGGACUUCGUGCCCAACCACUCAGACGACAUGGGCCGCUACACGUACGGCAACCAGGAGCGCAUCGGCCGCUGGAACGUGCAAAAGCUGAGCGUGGCGUUGCGGCCGCUGCUGACGACCGAGCAGGCGGGCCGGCUGGAGCGCGCGCUCGACACCUACAGCGAGGCGUUCGCGGCCGAGUGGCGGCGCCGAUUCAGCGCCCGGCUCGGUCUGCCGGCGAGCGCUGAGGCCGAGCGG